GGGGUAUAACUAAAAAUUAUGUAAACCAAGUUCAACCCAAAAAUCUAGCCCGGCUCAUACACACACUCAUCAGAAAAAGUUCCAAAAAUUGGAUCAAUCAAACCAAAAAUAAUCAUCAAUGAACAAACACUAAGUGAAAGAAAAAAUGUUAUCCAUUUCAUCUCUCCCAAACACUCGUCUCACUCUUCCCACCAAAACCAGACCCACUUUAUCCUCUUCUUCUUCUUCCUCCUCCAUUUCUUCAUUAUUUUCCAAUCAAAUCUUCAAAUACCCUUUAAAAUUCCCCAAAACCCCAUCAAUUUCCCACCUUUUUUCCUCAAGAAAUUCUCCCAAUUUUGUACCAAAAGCUUCAUCAGAUUCAGAAGCAGAAGCAGAAGUUGCUACAACAAAAUCAGAAGAUGAAUGGCUUUCCAGAUUACCUGACAAAAAGAAACCUUUAUAUGCUCAUAGUUUGCCCUGCAUUGAAGCUUGGCUUAAAAGUUUAGGUUUUUAUCAAAGUGAUGAAGAUAGGGCUGUUUGGUUUAUUGAUAAUUCUGAAUGGCGUGCCCAACUUUCCCUUGAUAUCACUGACCUUUAUAUUAGAUAUAUGAAGAGUGGAUCAGGCAAUCUAGAAAAAGAUAUGGAGAGGAGAUUCAGCUAUGCUCUCAGCAGAGAGGAUAUUGAGAAUGCUGUACUUGGAGGACCAUAAGCAAGAUAUGGGUUAUUUAUUGGUAUAGAAAUUCUGAAAUGCAUACGCGUUCAUUAGGUUGUGGAACAAUAUUUUCGUUAUAAAAAUUGCGUUAUAUGGUCAUACACUUGUACAUGUCUGAAUAUUUCUUGCAUUGAUUUAUUGUUGCCCACAACUUGGCAUAUUGACUAUCCUAAAAAAAAGCACUAGAAAUCCUAUCAAUACAUGUCAAAAAUAGUUCUUCAA